AUGAUUGCCGGUAUUGUUCUCAUUGUGCGCAUCACGUACAUCACACGACUACAGCCAGGUCUGCGCUUCCUAUACGAGGCAACUGAUGUUGCCAUUUGGUCCGUAAUGGAAGCGGCCCUGGGUAUCACCGCCUCCUGCGUCGCUACAUUCCGACCACUAUUCAAAAGCUGUGGCUUCGGCUGGCACUCACGGAAAAGGGACCGUUCGUCUCAUUACCAGCUCCAGCAGGAGCCGCGGGACGGCUUUUCGCGUACCACCAAGCCCGCAACUGCCGGCUUUGGGCCUGCCUCCGAUAUCAUCAAUGAUAAGAGUGACCACGAUGGCUCUGAACACGAGCUCACUAUUCGCAAGACGGGGAAAAUAGACGUCACGUCUGUGACAGAGGAGUAUCCCAAUCCUCCGGUCUCGAGCCCCAGAAAGAAGGCGUUUGAUAAGGAUUUGCCAGACUUGGCCGGAAGGGCACGAUCUUACGACUGGACGUAUGCAACGGAUCCGGAGGAUAUGAUGGUAUAUAAUAAUAGGGAAACGGUUUAG